ACGCUGGCUGUAUGAGAUUAUUCCAAUGUCACCCUACGAAGGAAAAAAAAACAUACUUUCAUGACGCCAUGACAGGUCACGUGAUGUAAAUUUUUGUCGGGCAUGCGCGACAUCACGAAUUUUACAAGUGAUUUUGAAACGAUGGACCUUUUCGCGGAGAAAAUUGUUAUAAAAUACUCUAUUACGAACCAAAAUUUCGAUUACAGUGCAUAAAUACUCGUGUGUCUCAAGUGUUUGUGUUUCAAAUUGAUUUGUGCAAGGAAGUGUUACUUCGCAAAGGUCAGUUUCUCUAAAAGGUAACAAAACCAUGUGAGAAGUGCCUUAGCACUACCGGUGUGAAGUGCUCAGUUAGUGUUAAACUGUAUUAGUGCUAGCAAAGUGCAGUGCGAGUAGCAUAGUGUAGUGCGAGUGAGAUGAGAGCUGAAGAGGCUUGGACAGUUUGCGUCACGAGAGAGGUCGCCGAGGAUUGAUUAGGAAUACAAGAUGGCCCACUUCCCCCAACCAACAUCACUAGAGGCGGCGCUGCCCCUCAUGGUGAAGCCGGACCUCCGCCUGCGGCAGCAGCUGGGCGAACAACUACCGGCGCUAGUUCGACGGGAACCAGAGGUUGAACACGACAUCGCUGCUCAACUACUGGACGCGCUGGUGCAUUGGCUCAAUGGGGGCAAUUUUAAGGUGGCCCAAAACGGGCUGGAGACGAUCGCGGCGCUCGCCGAGCGGCUCGGAUCGGACUUUUCCUGCUACGUGCCCUCGGUACUGCCGCAUAUCAUCGACAGGCUGGCAGACACAAAGGAAGGCGUCCGCCACAUGGCGCGAGUCUGUAUAGCUGCGCUAGGGGAGAGUCGCGCCGCCCCGCCCCGCGCGCUCCUAGCGCGCCUCAUCCCCGCGACGCAACACAAGGCGCCACACACGAGGGAAGAGGCUGUUAGGACCAUACAGACACUACUAGACACGCACGGCGCGCAAGAACUACAACUCCGAGCGGCCGUACCGAACCUCGCCGGGCUUUUGGGUGACCCCAGCAGUCCAGUGAGGGAUGCGGCGAUGCAACUACUAGUGGACAUGUACAGACAUGUUGGUGAAAGACUGAGAGCCGACCUGAAGAAGAAGGAACUGGUGCCGGCGCAGAAGCUGGCGCUGCUGGAGCAGAAGUUCGACGAGGUCCGGGAAGCGGGCCUAUUACUGCCCACUGCGAACGCGGGCGUGGACGAGGCGGACUACGUGUCGCGCACCACGGCGCGGCGCCACUUCGCCUCCGCCGGCCGCGGCCGCGAGCCCGACUCCGGGGCAAACACGCCGGCGUGUGAAGUACCAAAGAGGACUGUCGCUGGAUUGUAUAGUCUGCCGUCGGCGAAUAGGAAACCACCGCCGCCGACCAAACUCAAUAGUGCUACUAGUGUGUCAUCGGGCACUUCGGGGUCGGGCUUGGGCGGCGAGGCCGGCGCGGUGUCGGUGGAGGCCUUCGAGGCCGCCAUGGCCGCCACCGCGCCCGCCGCCAUCUACGGCGUCCGCGGCCUCGACGACUUGUGCCGACAUGCCGCCGCGCUGCUCGGCGACAAGGGGGCAGAGUGGGAGAGGAGAGUCGACGCUCUAAAGAAAAUCCGUUCCCUACUGACGGCCAACGCGCACGCGCAGUACCCGACGGAGUUCGCGGCGCAUCUGAAGGAGCUCUCCGUGCCUUUUCUAGUCGUCAUCAAGGACCUCCGGAGUCAGGUGGUCCGGGAAGCGUGUAUCACCAUCGCGCACAUGGCUAAAGUACUCAAGAACAAACUGGAGCAGUUCAGUUUGUACAUACUACAGGAGCUCAUCAACCUCAUACAGAAUGCCGCCAAGGUGGUAUCAUCAGCAGGCACCGUAUGCGUGCGGUACAUCGUGACAUACGUGCACUGCCCGCGCCUAGUGCCCGUCGUCGCCACCAACUUGACCACGAACAAGUCCAAAGAGAUACGCUCUACCUUAAGUGAAAUCCUAGUGCUAAUGCUGGAAAAAUGGUCUCAACCAGCCAUCGAGAAACAACUACCCGUAGUCAGAGACGCCAUCCGCCGCGCCUGUAUAGACGCGGACAGUACCGCCAGAACUUAUGGACGCAGAGCAUACUGGGCCUACAAGCGAGCGUUCCCCGCCGACGCCGAGCAGCUGUUCGCUCGUCUGGACGCGGCCGCGCAGAAACAACUCGAACGAGAGAGGAACGUCGGCAGCGUCGACAGUUUGCAACACGUCGGCACCGAGAGACGGACGAUCACCAGCCCACGAAGCCCGUCUGUCAGCGUAUCAGACCGGUCUCCGAGCGGCGCGGCGGCGCGCUCCGUGUCCGCGGUGGACGCGGCGGCCGCGCAGCGCGCCCGCGCACGAGCGCUCUACUCGCACAUGACGCGCGCCAAGAUGGCCGCCGGCACUGCCAGCCUGCCCCGCGCGAAGAGAUCCCCGCAGAGCAACAGCGGAGUCCCUCCGAGCCCUGAGAGAGCAGUGGGCCGCUCGAGGUCGCGCCCUGGCGUGUCACAGUCACAACCCACAUCUCGCUCAUCGUCGCCAUCAGCUAGGAGUUCGGGGCCGCUCUCGCUGGCGAGCGCGCGGCGCCGGCCCUCCGGCAUCCCGCGCUCGCUCGCCGGCUCUCGAGAAACUAGUCCUACCAGAACGGGUCGCUCCAACAGCGUGGUGGGGUCGGCCAUCCGCAGGCGCGAGUCCGUGGAGCGCACCACCCGCGCUCCGUCCGCCACACUGCGGCUACUGCAGCAGACCAGGGACGCGGAGGGAGUACUGAGGAGUCCAGAGGACAGUUCAGCGUACGACAGCGGUCGGCGAGACGACGACUCCGAAGCUUCCAGUGUCUGUUCGGAGAGGAGCUUGGAUUCAUACAGGAGGCAUGAUAGCGUGUCGUGGUCGGGCUCGGCGUCGCGCCUCGGCUGGGAGGGCUCGCCGCCGCCGCCGCCGCCUCCAGACGAGAUCAUCGCGCUGUGCGCGAGCACGCACUGGACCGAACGCAAAGAUGGCCUUACACAUUUGGCCAACUACCUAAACUCCGGUCGCCUCCUCACCGACUCGCAGCUCCGUCGCCUCACGGAACUCCUCAACAAGAUGUUCGUGGACGCCCACACCAAGGUGUUCAGUCUACUCCUGGAUGCCGUCUGUGAACUGCUCCUCGUGCACUGGCAGCAGCUCAAGGACUGGCUGUACCAGCUGCUCUUCAGGUUACUAAUGAAGCUAGGGACGGACAUUCUAGGCUCCGUGCAAAGCAAGAUCAUGAAGACGCUCGACGUCAUACACGAGUGCUUCCCGCCCGAGCUACAGCUGCAUAACAUAUUCAGGUUCUUGGCGGACGGCGCGACGGCCCCGACGGCCAAGACGAAGGCGGCCGCGCUGCGGUUCCUGGCGGCGCUCGCGCACGACUACUGCACGCCGAAUGCAUGCGCACAGGCUCUGCAAGGUGGCGCCGGCGGAGUGGCGGGCCGAGCGCUGGUCAAAGUGGCGGCGCACGCGCAGGACCCGCGCGCCGCCGACGUGCGGCUGAACGCGCGGCGCGCCCUGGCUGCUCUCUACGACUGUAACCCUGUGCCGUUCACGGCACUGAUGAGCGAGCUGUCGCCCGACACACAAGCUCUAGUGAACGGAGUGUUACAACAACACGUCAGGAGAACCUCGAGCACCGGCAGCGACUCUCCGUUGAGGACCUCCUCGGCGACACCGAAUUCGGGCACAGACGACGUGCAUUCACGUAUUAGGCGGACUACUACUGAAAUACAUACAUACACCGCGCAGCAUGCUAACGCCGAGUGCGGUAACCACAUGUCGAGCAAAGACUCCGGUAUCAGUCAGAUGUCGGACGUCACACUAUCUAAUAAGGGGGUCAACGGGGUACCGAAUGGACAUUAUAAUGCCGAGGUGGCGCGCGCGGCGUCGGCGGACAGCUCGGAGGAGGCACCCAGCACCAAGGAGUCCUCGCCCGUGCCGCUGCACCGCCACGACCACACGCCGCACGGAGACUACAAUUCAGCGCUAUGCCGUGAAAAGAUGAAACCGUACGAGACUGAUGAGAAUGGGUUCCUAAUAACCAAAUCCGGCCUCCGUGAGCAAGAAGUUCUAGAGGCGCUCUGCCAACUGGACACACAAAAUGCGCCGCCCGAGCAGUGGGAGCGGCUCCUGCUCGCCACACACGAGAUACUCAAGUACGGGGACUGCCGCAAGCCCUCCGAAUACUUCAAGAAUAUAGUACGGGUGGCGUUGGCUACGCUAGCGGUCGACGAGAACGCUGGUGACAAGGAGAACUCGGAAAACGCAUCGAAUGCCCAACAAUCCUCAGGGUGGGCGACAGCGAACGAGCGCGCGGCUGCGGAGGCGGUGAAGGUGCUGAUCUGGCUGUGCCGGCGGCCCGAGACGCGGCCGCAGUGGCUCGACUACUUCGACCUCAUCCUGCUCAAGCUCAUCAACGCGUACGGCGCGCUCAGCAAGGAGGUCAUGCGCGCCGUCGACCACGGCCUGCCUCACGUGGCUCAGGCCCUGCCGGCUACACAGGUCCUAGCCCUCCUGAAGCCCGUAAUCCGCACCCGCGGGUACCCGACCUCGCUCUGCGCGUUAAAGUUGGCGGCCGAGGUCGCCAAGGCACGGAGCAACGAGCUCACAGACGACAUAGUAGGACAACUCAUGGAUGGAGUCUCACAGUUGGCCGACCACCAAAACUCGGCCGUGCGUAAAGCGGCCAUAUUCUGCAUGGUGGCGUUCACGUUCGCGCUCGGCGAGGAGCGGAUGCAGCCGCAUUUGAAGCAUCUCUCCGUCAGCAAGUGCCGGCUACUACAGGUGUACAUCAGCAAGCACCGCGACGAGGCGGGCGGCGCUCGGGGGGGAGCGCCCCCCGACACGUAGCGGCGGCGGCGGCGCGCGCGGACCACCACCCGCGCCACGCAGACCGACGAGUAGCACCCGACACCCGACGUCCUUCCUGAAGGACAUUAGGUAGGAUAGGGGAGUUGGUUGUUACGUUGUGUUUUGGUACCGGUUAUUUAGAGAAAUUCUAAUGAUUUUUGUAAAAGACUUGUUCAAUAUUUAUUCUUUGUUUUUCAUCCCCUAACGGCCGGCGGCCGGACGGCACUAUACAAGAAUAACUGUCAACAUUUGAAUCAAUAAUAUUAUAAAGAAGAUAUUAUUCUAAAAUCAAACAAUACAAAAUAAAUAUUUUAAGUUUCUGAUUUAAAAAUAUUUGGUUUUCAUUGCAAUUGCAAGUACUAAUAUUAGGACCAUAGGUCGUAGGAUAGUAAAUAAUGACAUAAAAUUAUUUUCAUAUUUUUUUUCUUGAAUUGUCAUAGUAAUACAUUCUAAACAUCGAUCUAUAAAGUAAUUAUGACGCAAAGAAACUUACCCGAUUCCUGAUUUGAUUUUGCCCCAAUAAUUUAUCCAUGUAAUUAAAUUAUUACAACACAACGUGACAAUCAACCACCACGUUAACUCGGUCGCUGGCGAGAGGGCGAGCCUUGUCAUUCGUUUAUGUGAUACUGAUUUACGUUACUAUUGAUCUAUAGCCGACUGUACUAAUACUUUUAAGUAUUGUGUAUUGUAUAAUGUUAAGGAGUGACCACACGUUUAAGUCGUCAUAUAUCCUCCUAAAUCCCGAUGUCCCUUUAAAAGGACAUUGUUUUCUAUAAUGGAAAAUAAAAGCUUCCAAAUUGUCCAAACUCAAAACUGUAAAAAUGAAUUUAGGACUUAGGAGGUUAUAAUAUACGUACCAUUGUAGCCCUCCGCUUUCAAGGCAAUCUUAAGAUUAACAAAUGUAUUAUAAUGACAAGCUUCAUACUCGACUUUUAAGCGACGGCAACAAUAUAUAAAGUGAUCAAAAAUAUCUCAACGUACACUCUACUAGCAAACCUUCGUCUUUUGUAUAUGGGUUUAUAAAGUAUUUCAAUUUAUGAAGAUCAAACACAAAAAAUAGUCAUCGAUUUUAACUAAAUAAGAUAAUAGACAAACACGUCUCUAUGUCCUAGAAAAGAGUCUUGUUCAGAUAUUUAUGAACACAUUUUUCGAUUAAAAAAAUGGCGACUAUAAAUAAAUAUAAAUAUAUGUCUCGAAUAGAUCAAUAGUACUCUUUAUAUUUCGACUCUGUUCGUAAUACGUUAAGGACUAUGUUUGUUUGUGUUGCAAAGUGCAAGAUUUGAUAUUUAUCAACUAACAAAUUAUUCACUUGAAAAAUAUAGGACAUCAUUAUGUCUUGAACAGCGCACUUAUAAUAUCUAACAAGCGAGAACCACAUGUUCUUCAUAAAGAACUAAUAUUGUGAGAGUUUUAUCCUCCUAAGUCCCGAGUUCCUUUUAAUAGAACAUAUUGAAAUCGAUUUUUGAACUAUAAUGGAUUAAAAGUUUCCAAAUUCAAAACUGCAAAAAAGACUAUGGAACUUAGUAUAACUUUUUGUUUCGGUUAUAAAUAAAAAUAAAGUUUCGUAGUUGAGAAAUAUGAAGUGUUGUAUUUUAUUUAUUAUGUAAUAAAAAGACAUGUUAAUUUAUUUGAAAAUGAUUCGUAUGGCAAGGGGGAGCGCGCGUCUACAAAUUUGUACAGAAUUGUAUUUAUAUUAGAUGUGGUUUUCGGGUGACAUUGGAUGACAUAAUAAAAUAUUUGUACUCCAUAAAAA